GGUGGAUCAUAUAUCAAUUUUUAUUAGUAACAUGGCCAAAUACAACAGGUGUAGUAGACCUUACAGUGAAAUUCUUACUUACGAGCCACUAACCAACAAUGCAGUUAAAAAAAAUAUGGAUAAGAAUAAUCAAUAAAAGUAACUUAAUUAAAGAGCAGCAGUAAAAUGACAAUUGUGAGAUUAUAUACAGGGGAGUACUGGUACAGAGUCAAUGUUAGUUGAGGUAAUAUGUACAUGUAGGUAGAGUUAUUAAAGUGACUGCAUAGAUGAUAACAGAGUAGCAACUGUGUAAAAGAGGGGGAGGGGGCAAUGCAAAUAGUCUAGGUAGCAAUUUGAUUAGAUGUUCGGGAGUCUUAUGGCUUGGGUGUAGGAGCUGUUUAGAAGCCUCUUGGACCUAGACUUGGCGUUCCUGUACCGCUUGCCAUGCGGUAGCAGAGAGAACAGUCUAUGACUAGGGUGGCUGGAGUCUUUGACAUUUUUUAGGGCCUUCCUCUGACACCGCCUGGUAUAGAGGUCCUGGAUGACAGGAAGCUUGGCCCCAGUCAUGUACUGGGCCGUUCGCACUACCCUCUGUAGUGCCUUGCGGUCGGAGGCUGAGCUGUUGCCAUACCAGGCAGUGAUGCGACCAUGCUCUCGAUGGUGCAGCUGUAGAACCUUUUGAGGAUCCAUGCCAAAUCGUUUCAGUCUCCUGAGGGGGAAUAGGUUUUGUCGUGCCCUCUUCACGACUGUCUUGGUGUGUUUGGACCAUGUUAGUUUGUUGUUAUUUUAACUUGAUAUAAUACAUCAAUAAAAUCAAUUUAGCCUCAAAUAAAUAAUGAAACAUGUUCAAUUUGGUUUAAAUAAUACAAAAACAAAGAGUUGGACAAGAUAGUAAAAGUGCAAUAUGUGCUAUGUAAGAAAGCUAACGUUUCAGUUCCUUGCUCAGAACAUGAGAACAUAUGAAAGCUGGUGGUUCCUUUUAACAUGAGUCUUCAAUAUUCCCAGGUAAGAAGUUUUAGGUUGUAGUUAUUAUAGGAAUUAUAUAACUAUUUCUCUCUAUACCAUUUGUAUUUCCUUUGACUAUUGGAUGUUCUUAUAGGCACUUUAGUAUUGCCAGUGUAACAGUAUAGCUUCCGUACCUCUCCUCGCUCCUACCUGGGCUCGAACCAGGAACACAACAACAACAGCAACCCUCGAAGCAGCGUUACCCAUGCAGAGCAAGGGGAACAAUUGCUCCAAGUCUCAAAGCAAGUGACGUUUGAAACGCACGAAAGUGCUUUUUGAAUGAAUGCUUAUGAUCCUGCUGCUGCCUACCAUCGCUCAGUCAGACUGCUCUAUCAAAUCAUAGACUUAAUUAUAACAUAAUAACACACAGAAAUGCGAGCCUAAGGUCAUUAAUAUGGUCGAAUCCAGAAACUGUCAUCUCGAAAACAAGCCGUUUAUUCUUUCAGUGUAAUACGGAACCGUUCCGUAUUUUAUCUAACGGGUGGCAUCCAUUAGUCUAACUAUUCCUGUUACAUUGCACAACCUUCAAUGUUAUGUCAUAAAGAGGGGACAUAAACUUCUGGCAAAUUAGUUCGCAAUGAGCCAGUCGGCCCAAACUGUUGCAUAUACCCUGACUCUGCGUGCAAUGAACGCAAGAGAAGUGACACAAUUUCACCUGGUUAAUAUUGCCUGCUAACCUGGAUUUAUUUUAGCUAAAUAUGCAGGUUUAAAAAAUAUAUUUAUGUGUAUUGAUUUUAAGAAAGGCAUUGGUGUUUAUGGUUAGGUACACGUUGGAGCAACGACAGUCCUUUUUGCGAAUGCGCACUGCAUCGAUUAUAUGCAACGCAGGACACGCUAGAUAAACUAGUAAUAUCAUCAACCAUGUGUAGUUAUAACUAGUGAAUAUGAUUGAUUAAGUUUAAUGCUAGCUAGCAACUUACCUUGGCUUCUUACUGCAUUCGCGUAACAGGCGGGCUCCUCGUGAGGCAGGUGGUUAGAGCGUUGGACUAGUUAACCGUAAGGUUGCAAGAUUGAAUCCCUGAGCUGACAAGAUCGUUCUGACCCUGAACAAGGCAGUUUACCCACUGUUCCUAGGCCAUCAUUGAAAAUAAGAAUGUGUUCUUAACUGACUUGCCUAGUUAAAUAAAGAUUAAAUAAAGGUGUAAAAAAAAAAAAAUUGGGCAAAAUCGGCGUCCAAAAUUACUGAUUUCCGAUUGUUAUGAACACUUGAAAUCAGCCCUAAUUAAUCGGCCAUUCCGAUUAAUCGGUCGACCUCUAGUCUAGGGUUUCUGGGAUAAUGGUGUUGAUUUGAGCCAUUACCAUCCUUUCAAAGCACUUCAUGGCUACAGACGUGAGUGCUACGGGUUGGUAGUCAUUUGGGCAGGUUACCUUAGUGUUCUUGGGCACAGGCACUAUGGUGGUCUGCUUAAAACAUGUUGGUAUUACAGACACGGACAGGGAGAGGUUGAAAAUGUCAGUGAAGACACUUGCUAGUUGGUCAGCGCAUGCUAGCAAUACACUUCCUGGUAAUCCGUCUGGCCCCGCGGCCUUGUGAAUGUUGACCUCUUUAAAGGUAUUACAUCGGCUGCGGAGAGUGUGAUCACACAAUCUUCCGGCACAGCUGGUGCUCUCAUGCAUGUUUCAGUGUUAUUUGCCUCGAAGCGAGCAUAGAAGUAGUUUAGCUCGUCUGGUAGGCUCGUGUCACUGGGCAGUUCUCGGCUGUGCUUCUCUUUGUUGUCUGUAAUCCUUUGCAAGCCUUGCCACAUCCGACGAGCGUCAGAGCAUGCGUGGUACGAUUCGAUCUUAGUCUACCCGUGAAACUGUCUAUCCUGCCCUCUAUCCAUAGUGACAAUAGUGGUACUUUGAUCAUUUGUCCAGAUCUGCAAUAGGUUAACUGACAAUCAUACCACACAUAAAACAGUUCAAAUCUGCACCAAUUUCCUAUAUAAAUCCACAAGAUAGAGGAGUAGCUGAUAGGCAGCAGGGAGGCCAGGUGCGUCAUGGCGCAUAAAAGAGCAGUGAAGACAUGCAGCUCAAAUCUGCCCUAUUGAUCUUGUUGAUGGAUAAUAAAAUGAUCCUACCUAGAGUAUCCUACAACGCCAUAAUCAAUGAAUAAUUGCAUUAUUGUUUUCAAAUAAGUACAGUUCUACUAUAGGCCGUAAACUGCAGUGAAAAUGUUUGUUGAGUAAUGGCGCAAAAGCCCUGUAUUUUGAAUGUUUCAUUCCAUUUGGGUCAGUUGUGGGUCUACUCUGAUUACAGAAAGGAACAGUAGCAGGCUAGUCUGGCUGUAUUUUUACUUCUGAUACUGAUGCGCUGUCUGUUGCCGAUCAUCAUUCUCCCAAGUCGUCACAUAGGCCUAUGCCGCUGUGUUCUUGGGGACCUUCAAUGCUGCAGAAUUUUUUCGGUACUCUUCCCCAGAUCUGUGCCUCGACACAAUCCUGUCUCGGAGCUCUACUGACAAUUCCUUCGACCUCGUGUUUUGUUUUUUUCUCUGACAUGCACUGUCAAUUGUGGGACCUUAUAUAGACAGGUAUGUGCCUUUCCAAAAUCAUGUCCAAUCAAUGGAAUUUACCACAGGUGGACUCCAAUCAAGUUUUAGGAACAUCUCAAGGAUGAUCAAUGGAAACAGAAUGUGCCUGAGAUCAAUUUCGCAUCUCUUAGCAAAAGAAAGGAUUGACAAGAAUCUAGAAUGUCACAUAGAACAUUUGAGGACGUGAAGGACGUCAUUCUAUCAGCCCACAAAAACACAGAGGCCGGGGACAAAGUCGGCUUCUACAACACCUGGGCAGAGAACUAUGACCAGGACGUGGGUCUUCUGGACUAUCGUGCGCCGAGUCUGGCGGCAAACUGCCUGUCCCCCUGUUACCAUGGCGACCGGGUGACAGCAGUGAUUCUGGACGUGGCCUGUGGCACUGGAUUGGUUGCAGCACAGCUGAAGAGGAUGGGCUUCAGGCAUUUUGUGGGCGUUGAUGGGAGCAAAGGCAUGUUGGAACUGGCCAAUAAGACGGGCCUCUACCAGGACCUCAAGCAAUGCAUGCUGGGAGACGAACCACUUCCUGUCCAAGCUGGGCAGUUUGAUGUGGUAGUGAUUGUUGGGGCGUUAAGUGACGGCCAGGUGCCAGUGAGAGUCAUCAGAGAGCUGUGCCAGGCCACCAAACCAGGUGGUUACGUCUGCAUGACAACCAGAGGUAACCAUGACAACCUGGAGUACAAGGCAGCGCUGGAGCAUGAGCUGGAGCUGAUGGAGGGGGCGGGGCUCUGGGGUCACGUGGCGAUCACAGAGGUGGAGGACUGGGAGAAAGCCGUAGCGGAGCCGGAGAAGGGGUACAUACCUGGAGUGGUGUAUGUUUACAGGAAGUCAUCACAGUGACAUUAUCAAUAAAGUAUAUUGUAUCGUA